AAGCAACCACAGAGAUCCUCCAUCUUGGAUUUACUCUCACGGAUGUUACCCUUCUUUCCCUUUAUCUUUCGAGUUUCAACUCAGAGUCAGAGUGGGUGUUUUCUCUGUACUUAAAACUACACCAGCGACGUACAUCUUCAGAUCGCGAAAGUAGGAUUUGCAUUCUUCCUUUCCUUUGGCCCCCACUUUCUUUUCAUAUGUUUCUUAUUAUAAUUAUCACAAGAGAUAGAGAAAACCACUUCACUGGAGACAAUUGCUCCCUCUCUUCUUCCUCUCUGUCUCUGUAUACGUGUAAGUGUUUUCCGAUCAGCUCCUGGUGAAUGAAAUUCAGAUCUUUUGAUCAUAACUUCAACAACAACGACAAUGGUGCAAAAGGUUUCAACAAUUGUGCUGGAGGUUGACCUUGGAUGCCCUCACUGCUAUAAGAAAAUCAAGAAAACACUCUGCAAAUUCCCUGAAAUAAGAGACCAGGUAUUCGAUGAGAAGCAGAACAAGGUGACCAUCAUCGGUUACUUAUGCUGCCCAGAUAAAUUCAUCAGGAAGCUCUGCUGCAAGGCCGGAAAAUGCAUCAAAAGCUAUGAGAUCAAAGACGACGGCGACAAGCCUCCCAAAAAGGUCCUCCCACCGACACCCGCACCAGCUCCCAAACCACCCGAACCGGCUCCAAAACCACCCGAGCCGGCACCCCCCAAGCCACCAGAGCCGGCACCCCCCAAGCCACCAGAGCCGGCACCCCCCAAGCCACCGGAGCCGGCACCACCAAAGCCAGCAGAACCCGCACCAAAGCCACCGGAGCCGGCACCACCGGGCCCACCAUUUGUGGUAUGCUGUAGACCAUGUUACGAGGGAUACAGAGGAGGGCCAUGCUACCAUGGGUAUGAGAUGCCACCACCUCCACCUCCAUGUUAUGAUGGUUGUGGUUGUGGUUGUGGUAGAGUGCCAUACUACAGGGGUUAUUAUGUCAGUCGCUGUGAUUACUUCAGUGAAGAAAAUCAUUCGUCAUGUGUCAUCAUGUAAUAAUACUCCAGACAAUUUCAUGGGCUUUUUAUAUUAUCGUCAUUAUUAUAGUUGGGCCGGGUUUGAUCAUGUCAUCUAUAAUAAUCCAAGGUUGUAAUGGAUCUUUUAUUCUAUUGGGAUAUACAUACAUAUAUACUGUAUAUAGGGUUUGUUGUUUAUAUCAUAUGUCAUAUAUGGAGUAUGAUUUCCAGGAUCUAUUAUAUAUAAUUGAAAAGUUUGUGAUGAUGAGCAGUUUCAGUAAUCAUUUUC